CCUCCAUCAGCUGUCGUUGUCUGGUAAAAAACUGAUCGCACAUAAUCUGGAUAUCUGGCGAUUAAGAUAGUCCGCUUUAUUCAGCAAUAUAAAAAAACACGUAGCGAUAUCGUUUUGGACUUUUGGUGGUUGAUAUUUAUCGUUUGCUGAAGAUUUUUCUGGAGUUUCCCGGUUUUUGGGAGAGAAAUGCCCAAAAUUAUUUCACGUAGCGUGGUUUGUACAGACACAAAGGACCAAGAGACUUAUGGCGAUGCAAAGCCACUUCAUACAUAUUAUUGCUUAUGCGGACAGAUGGUUUUAAUCCUGGACUGUGCCAUUGAAAAAUUACCGCUGCGGAGGCGCGAUAAAGCGAGAGUAAUCGACAAGAAAAAACAUGCUUAUCGUCUUAAUAACGUUGAAGAAGACGAAACGAUAUUCUUGAAAUGGGCUGACGGAAUCGAAAAACAAUUCAGACAAAAAUGCAAACGAUGUAGUUUGCCGUUGUUGUAUCGCCACACAGAAGAAACAAAAGAUGCGAUUUUUAUAUUCUAUGGCGUCUGGUCCGAAGGAGAUAGCGUUUUUAAAAUGAAUAUAAACAGCAAACCGAAGUCAGCUCCUAAGAAAGUCACAUUAAUAAAACGAACAAAAGACAUGGGAAAAUUCAGUUCCGUUACUGUCUCGACAAUUGACGAUGAAGAGGAUGCGUUGGAGGCUCGCGAAAUUGCCGAUAGUUAUGCAGCGAAUGCUAAAGUUAUUGAGCGGCAAUUGGAAAGAAAAGGAAUGGCAAAAAGGAAAAAUAAUCCUGGUGAAGGGGGAGCUGGUUUGUCUAAGAAAGUAAAGGGAACUUUGAUUGAUGGUUUGGGCUGAGAAUUUAAACUAUGCCGAUGUAUUUGGAAAAUUCAUGAAACUUUUGAAAGCGAAGAUUUUUUCAU